CCGUCUUCCGCCCGACAGCGAUCCCAGCCGCGCGCGCCCGCCGUCGCAAACCCACCGACGCCUCUCCGCCAUCCUCGCGCCAUCGCCACGUUCGACGGCUGGCUGUCGGUCGCUCCCCCCAGCUAUAUGCACCGCUUCUUGUCCCGUUAGCAGCGUCCAACCAGUACGAGUCCGCCAACAUGUCGGACAAGGACAAGAUGGCCAAGUACCGGACCGAGAUCCAGCAGAUGAUGUUCGUCUCUGGAGAGACCGGCGAGCCUUCCCCUGAGACCACAACCCUGAUAGAGUCCAUUGUCCAGGACCAGGUUCAGCACAUGCUCCGAGAAUGUACAACCCUCGCCACCCGCCGCGGCUCCAAGUCAAUAGGCACGGACGACCUCUUCAUGCUCAUCCGCCACGACCGCGCCAAAAUCUCUCGUCUGCGCCAUUUUCUACAGUGGAAGGAUGUCCGUCGCUCCGUCAAGGACAGUGACGACAAGGGCGGUGACGCUGGCGCCGACGUCGCUGCGGGAGACGCAGACCUCGCUGCUGGUGUUGUCGGAGCGGGUCCCGCGGCUCCAGGCGAUGCAGGAAAGAAAGCAAAGCGCGCAAAAGUCGAUCUCGUUUGGGAGGUGCAGUCCUUUUUUGCCGAGAACCCACCCCUAAUGGACGAUGUCGAAGACGAAGAAGAGGAGGAGAUGAACUACGCCACGCUCCAGCGUCUUAAGAACGCCGACGAGCGCACCAAGAACAUGACCAGAGAAGAAUACGUCCACUGGUCCGACUGCCGACAAGCCUCCUUCACCUACCGCAAGGGAAAGCGCUUCAAAGAGUGGGCGGGCUUUGGUCUGAUCACGGAUUCCAAGCCGAGUGACGACAUCAUUGAUAUCCUGGGUUUCUUGACCUUUGAGAUUGUGCAGACGCUUACGGAAGAAGCGCUGAGAGUCAAAGAAGCCGAAGAUCUGUACAAAAAGACCAGCGGAGGCGGCGCCGAGGCGAACCGACUGAAGAGGAAGAGGGAAAGGGGUUUGUUUGACCCACCUGAGGAGGCCAGAGAACCCGUGCAGCCAGGCCAUGUGCAAGAGGCGUAUCGGAGGUUGCAGCGAGGAAACAUGAAAGCCAGAGCAAUGCUGAACUUCACAAAGAGCGUGCAUCGCGCCGCACUGAAACUGAUUUGAAAGCGCACCAUCGUUAUUGACAUACUAUGCCUGGUCCUAGUCUGAGUACACUCUUUGGAGACAUGGUGCCCAGUUUUCGUGCCCGGGACUA